AUGCAUGACGGCGAGUUGGGCAGCAACUCAACCGUCUGCUUCUUUUCACGUCAGGUAUGGUUGGACCUGGUGUCGGAAGGGGCACCAGCCACCAGCCGGAAGGCAAGCCGCAGUCUCCAGCCCCAGAGCCCCCAUGUAGGGUGCCUCGCGCUAUUCGCUCUUUGGCAAACCGACCUCGUCAUAUGGGCCAUUCACCCCUGA